GGGGAAUGGAGUGCCACAGAGCUGGUCAGUUGCUGGACAGAGAUCUUUGAGAAGAUAGGCAUCCCAGAGGACCUGGAUUCCAGUGAGGACAUCAUGGCUCAGAUCCUUGGAACCAAAACAUUUCAGAGCCUAAAGCCAGUAUGUAGGACCAAGCAACUGUCCCCUCAGCAACUUCAUGACAUCCAGGAUCUGCGUGAAGGAAGAGUCCAAAGGAUGCCUGUGCAGUACAUCCUUGGGCACUGGAACUUUUGCUGGCUCAAUCUGAAGAUGACACCCCCAGUGUUCAUUCCUGGACCAGAGACAGAGGAACUGGUUGAAUGGGUGCUGGAGGAGGUAGCCCAGCAUCCUCAUGUGGCUGGAACCCACAGGGACCCUCUCAUUCUGGAGGUGGGCUGUGAUUCAGGAGCUGUUUUGCUCAGCCUGUUGAACCAGCUUCAUGAGAGCCAAGUCAUUGCUGUGGAUAAGGAAGAAGCCUUCAUCAGACUGACCCAGAACAAUGCUCAAAGGCUUAGGCUGCAGGACAGAAUUCAGAUCAUCCCCCUGGAUGUGACCUCAGAGGGAAGCUGGAUACUCCUUUUGCCCUGGGCACCCCUGGAUUCAGUUAUCAGCAACCCUCCCAACGUCUUCCACCAGGACAUGGAGCAGCUGGCCCCA